AUGAAUAACGUCGAAGAUGAUUCUCUGAACAAUGUCCUGUCAACGUUUCCUAGGGAACCAGGAUUGGAGGAAAGUAUCUGUAAUUUCAAUCUUCUAGGCUCUAUUGUUGAUCCUGAAGGAGAGUUGUCAACCAUGGACGACGAUAUUUACGAUUAUUCCUAUCACAACAAUCCCAUGAAGACCCUUAAUGAGGAGGUAAUUCCCGUUGUCGGGGGGACCAAUCCGGUUGAGGCCUAUUUAAACGAUCUUUUGUUGAGUCUUCGUGAGUAUUUUCUCUACUUCGAUGGGACGACGAAGUCUUUCCGCAAGUGUCCAGGGGCUAGGCAUGAACAUUCCGUCGCCGAACCACCCGAUGGCGCUGAAGGGUUUUCGUUUGAAUGGUUUGGAAUUGCAUUGGCGAUUGUGCGCGAUGUGUUGGGGCGCGAAUCCAAGUUGAAGAAGGAGUUGAGUACUUUAAGGCCUCUUCCUAUCACCAUUUAUCAAGCUCAUGAAAAUUUUAUGGCUGGGUUGAAUCAUCUUACUUUUCAUGUCACCAAGGACUGGCUGCGGCUUGGCUAUUCUUCGAAUUUCCAUGAAAGUUUACCACCGAUUAGAUCAAUCAGUAAGAGGAUCCUAAACAAUUGGGUGGUAUCACAUCAAUUGCCAGAUUCCAUAAGUUCAAGGUACCCCAACGCGUUAUCCGAGACACCGAUCGGUUCGCUCCAAGACCUGGAGAUCGUUUUGUUAGCGGAUGCAGGGGCAUGGAUCGCUUCUUUCUUUCCUCUUUAUCACUCUUUAUCCCAGAACGCGUGUGCUUUUACCAAUUUCAUAUGGGAUAGAAAACUUAUUGAUCAGUUUGAUAUCGAGGAAUUCGCCUACCAAAUAUACACCUUGUGUAUGCAAAGGAGUCUUUUGAAAAACAAAGAUGGUUUGUCUCGAGGCAUGAUAGUUCCCAAAUCAUGGCUGACUGGACUUCUAAAUUGGCUAGUGCACCUUCUGCAUAGUGAUGAGGAACGGGAUUUAUCUUCGAUUCCAGGCCCGAUUGACGCAUUUUCUUGUAUGAAAGUCGAUUCUCACAAUCCGUCCAAACACUGGCUCCUCCAUGAGAUGAAAACCUCGGUUAAUGUCAUUCCAGAGCGCCUUUUCUGCCUUUUAUCGCAAUUAUUUGGAUGUGGUAUUAAGUACGCGAGCUAUGGUAAUUUCACUUUAAGAAAUGAGUUUAUUGGCCAACUGAAGCCGAAAGGCUUGAUGAUUGAUGUUUCUUUUUGUUGGUUUCAGACUUCGGAGGGCAUUUUAGAGGAGAAAAAUGUGCACGUUUUCGUGGAAAAUGCCUUACGUCAUACCGGCCUAUCCGAGGUUAUUCGUUUGGCCUUUGCCAUUUUAAAGAACGAAGAGGACUCCAUGCCAGCUGAUUUGUUGAGGCUGUGGGCGGCUGCGGUGAAUGGGCCCACGGCACUGAUUGUGAAGGCCAAGAGUCUGAAUUAUGAAUUUUUAUCCACCCCGCUCGAUCUCAGUAUCGAGGCCCAGGACCUUCCGAUGUCAUCCUUGAUUAAAACCCUGGGGGCGAAACUAGGCGGCGGGGUGCGGUUUGCGCCGCGGCAGAAGUUCGAGAUAGGGAUUGAAUUGCAAUUACGAUCGGCCGAGGCUGGCCCGGGGGAACCGAUUUUGCCGGUGGUGACGCCUCAAACGCUCCACCAAUGUGGUUUGUGUGGGCUUACCAAUGUUGGGAAUACGUGUUAUAUGAAUAGCGCCCUACAGUGUCUGUCGAAUAUUCCACGUUUUCGCGAUCAAAUGCUUUAUUUCCCGGCUUCGCACUACAUCAAUGCCCCACUGGUGCACCAGGUGGUGGGGCUUCUAACGGAGAUGUGGAGCGGCCAGAAGGAAUGCGUGAAGACGGAGGCCGUAAAUCGGGUUUUUGGCCAAAAAGUCAAGCGAUUCACCGGAUAUCAACAACAAGACGCCUGUGAAUUUGUCGAGGUCCUACUGGAUCGCAUGCAGGAGGAGAUUAACCAGGUCUCCGAACGAUGCUACCGUGAGCGCCGCGAUGACGACAAGCACGUCCCUCUUGUUCGGCUUUCUGAGAUUUUUUGGAAUAGCUUUUUGGCGAACAACACGAGCUUCAUCUCCCAAGACUUUUUUCAUCAAUCCAAGACCGUAUUUUCCUGCUUAACUUGUGAGGAGACGAGCGUGGUGUUUGACAACAAUGUCACCUUGUCGCUUAACAUUCGUGAAACCAAAACGCACAAUGUAUUGGUGGUGGUUCAGAAAUUUACUUGUGGGGCAUCAGGGGAGUACUUUAUAAGUGCGCCUCCCGCGCAAUCCACCGCACGUGGUUUGGAGGAUCCAGUCUUUUGCGUAUCCCUUGAAGUGCAAGUGGUGGAUGGUGAAGGUGGUGAAAUCGCAGAGAUCGCGCUCAAAAAGGCGAUUCGCCAUGCACUUCAGGACUGCUCGGAGCUUCAGAGGAAAUUAGCCUGCAAGCCUCGAACCGAAAUUCAGCCGAUGGGGGGGGCUCACGAAUUCGAUUUUCAUAUUGAAGUGUUGGGGAUGCCGACGAAGAGUAAUGGCAGGAUUUAUGCGUGGGCUCGAUGUUUAAUGCCUGAGGACACGACGUGGAAUAGUCGCGUGGGGGUUACCAAUACCAACCACAAAGCUGACGCCCAUCCUGAGCCUCUUUCACACUCUGGUGGAUAUCGAAUAUGGUAUUUCCUACGUUGCGAUGAUGAUGAUUUGCAAACGGUUCACGACACGCCGAUUUAUGUCGAGGAACUCCCCUUUUCAAUUUCGAAUUCUGAACAUUCUGUCUUUUCUGGCAAGGCAGAUUCAGCAGGGAAAAAAGAAAAUACAAAAGGAGCGGUCGAUGGGAUGCAUGAGGAUCGGGGAACCUCAUCCAGGCCCAUCUCGGCACCCUUUUCAAAUCAUAUUCUCAGUCUGAGCGGGAAAAUUGCUCAAAGUUUUUUGGUACCGUAUUUUAGAGAACCCCAAGGGCCAUUUUUUUCCUCAGCCGCCAUGUCCGAUGAUUCUGAUGAUGCCUCAGCAUUUUCUCCAUUGGAAGGACCGGCCGGAGAGCAUGACAGCACCUCGUUAAAGGUUAUGCAUUAUUCGACAGGAAAGAGUUUAGCCAUCGAUAUAAACGAAUAUUCCCAAACUGACGGGGAUGAUUGGUUAGAAGAGCUUCGCAUAUUUCAUACAAUAAAAGUAAAGAGAAGGAUAAACCAUAAAUCACAAACGAUUCCUCAAUGUGGACCCGUUUUCAUGAACAAGAUAAUCAAUGUUUCGAUAUUUUUGUGUUUCAAGAGCAAUUGCUUCCGUGUUAAACUACCACAACUAACCAUCAGAUCUUAUUCAGAACAUUCCAACAGUUCCUAUCUCAGAUUAUCCAAUCAUGAGAAGGACUCUAACUCCGCUUCGAUGUGUACGCUCUACGAUUGUCUUGAGCAGUCCAUGAUGCCGGACACCUUGACUGAUGACAACUCUUGGUAUUGCCCGCACUGUAAGGAUUUUCGUGAGGCGCGAGUGCAAAGAAAUGUCUUCCGUGUUCCUCCAUGCCUGAUUAUAUCUUUCAAGGCAUUUAAGAUGGUUAACACCUAUCAUGCGGAUAAAAACAAUACGCCCGUUGAUUUUCCCCUACAAUUUGAUUUCUUACCAUACCUUGAUGUGGAGUCUGCACCGCUUAAGCAGGAUACGACCUAUCGCUUACGCGGCGUAGUUUAUCACAGUGGCUCCCUCAACUUUGGGCACUACACGGCAUACGCUUUUAAUGAAAGCAUAAACAAGUGGGUUUAUUUUGAUGAUUCCAGCUCUUACGUUAUGGACAUAGAGAAGCCACCAGCUAAUGGAGCCUAUAUGUUGUUUUAUGAGCGCACAAACCAUGCUAAGUCGUAA